GUCUGGCCCGGAUUUGUACCAUCCAUUUCGAAUAGAGCCACAUGGUUAUGGGCAUUCGGACAGGAGCCUAGCAUCACACGUUCGACCAGGCGUGAGCAGGAGCAACAAGCCUAUUUCGCCGGAAUCGGAUACAAACAUGCCCCAUCCCAUCACACAUUUUACCAGUCGAACAAUGUUCACUGCUCCAACUUGAUCUCCCCCAUCCACUGGAUACUCAACUUGCUCGCUGGUGUCAAUUUCAUUAAGGAGAAUAUUCUACAUUCAUCUCCUCCCCCAUUGCAGACAGACCGCAUGAUCUGCAUGUGGAUAGGCGAUAAGAAUGGGAGCUAGAAAGAGAAGUCGACGGAAUCACGGCGCAUCAGCUCUUCCCUGGCAAGCCUCUCUCUCUUCCCCAACGCACUGUCUGCCCCACGCCAGACAGCUUCCGUUGCCACGGCCUCCGCCGUCGCCAGAACAGUGGGCGGCAUCUACACAACCACGACCAUCUCGACGACCAUUUCAAAAAUGGCACCAACAACAACUGUAGACGCUAUAUCUGUCCCGCCCGCCAUCGCCAGUUCAGGCGACCCUUCACUUCCGAGCCUGGUCACGAGCAGCCUGAGCUCUCAGCCUCCGCUCAAAGGCUUCACCGUGACUGCCCCGGCCAGUGUUGGGGUUGAGAAUGGUCUAUCGCAUCGGAACCAGAGCGUCCAGGGCAAAGGCACCAGCCCCAACGGCCUCCUGACGACCCCAACACCUUUAGGCCCACCCGCCAAUAUACCACUUCCUGCGACUACUGUCCCUAGUCGAUUCAUUGCCGCCGUGACAACCGGUCUGACAGACCAUGAUACCGCCGUCGGUCGACCCUCCAGUCCUGUGGUCACUAUGGCGGCCUUUGCGAUGAUGCCGGUCGUCACGUAUCAGAGCAAGAUUACCGAAACUUCAGACACCAAAUGUCUCCCAUCGAAGCAGACCACGCACACGCCGGCCACGAAUACGGCAGCCUCCGUCAUACGUCACGGACUGCCGCAAUUCAUCGUUUUGCACUAUUCACCCUUCAAGGCAGUCUGGGAUUGGGUCAUCCUCUUGUUGGUGCUCUACACGGCCGUAUUCACGCCGUACACCGCCGCUUUUCUGCUCAACGAGGAUAAGGUGAGUGCUACCCUAACCAUCCAGGUUCUCCACCGUAGAGCUGUCUUUAUCGCCAUCGUUUCUGGCUCAUCUCCCAGAUUGAAAAAAGUCAAGACACCUUCCUGA